UAGAGACACUCGAUUUUCCAACUCAUUCACAAUAUUUACACCGCCAACAUUUUCAACAUACAUCUCAACUUCCUUCUAAUUUUCCGCUUAUUCAACAGAUUACAUCAGAAAUAACACAAAAUCAACAUAGACCGCCAAUCUAUCUUUCUUUUAACAGUCCUCAACAAUACUGUAUUAAUCCACAACCCCCAAUUCUACCUAAUAUACAAAGGACAUAUACAAUUAAUGCGGCUAUGCGAAACAACUCACUUGCUCCUCAACUAUAUUUAGUCUCUCAACAAAGACCUGUUUGUAGUCAAUUACUAGUCUACUCACAACCUUCUUUACCACCCAUUUUUUCACAACUUGGCCAUCAAGGAACUUUAGUUUCAAAUACUUCUCAACAAAUUGUCUCGCAACAAAAACAAAAUUUUUUGCAACAAAUACCAACAACUUCUCAGCAAUCAGCGAGUACUUCAUCUUUAUAUGAAUGGUUUUCUUCUUUACCAACAUCCAUAUUAGCGCAAAUUCCUCCGACAAAUCUUAUUUACAAUUAA